UAAAACUUUUCUUUUGCACACUUUUGGAAUGCUGCUGCUGUUCUUGUGUUUUCGGUGAGCUGGACCGAUGUCUAGGUUCUCAUCCGGCUGCAGGGGCGACGGGAAGGGUGACGUCAGCGCCCCAAGAAUGUCGAUGCUCUCGCCGCUGAUUGGACGGCAGCCGGGGCCCACUUUUAUGGGUGGGCGGAACCAGCAGAAAGUUCUGCGAAAGAAGAGCAGCAGCGGCAGCACACUACGCCGACGCCGAGCGUGUGAGACGCUUCACAGGCUCGCCGAAACACGUUUUAUUCUUUCAUUCGUCUUUUUGUUCUUCAAGCUGCGGAAUGUCUCCAAAAGCGUUUCACACGCUGCUGCCGCUGCUUGCCGUGUGCGCAUGCGCAGCAUCGGCAUCCCACGACAACAAAAGCGCCAGAGGAAGAAUGUUCGCCUAUUUCGACACCUCCUUCACCGACGAACCCUUCACACUGGAGGAUGUCUUCGGUCUCGAAGCGGACCCUCGGGUGAACGGCACCGCCAGGUCCACAGGCAACUUGGGGGUCAGCAACGUGACCGCCGGUCCCAUUUCCGAGGAGGUGCGCAGCUUCCUGACGGGCCGCCUGUCCACGCUGAUCAUCCCGUCUUUCUACGCCGUGGUGUGCCUGCUCGCCGUGCCCGUCAACGCCUGCGCCGCCCUGGCCUUCUCGCGCCGCAUCCGCCCCAAGAAGCCCGCGGCCAUCUACAUGCUCAACCUGGCGUGCGCCGACCUGCUCUUCGCCGCCCUGCUGCCCUUCAAGGCGGCGUACCACUUCGCCGGGAACGAUUGGGUGUUCGGCGAGUGCAUGUGCCGCGUGGUCACCGCCGCCUUCUACUGGAACAUGUACUGCUCAGUGCUCCUGGUGGCCUGCAUCAGCGUGGACCGCCUCCUGGCCGUGGUCUACCCCAUCGACUCGCUGGCGUGGAGGAGACCCCGCAACGCCGUCAUUGCCUGCGUCGCCAUGUGGGUCGUGUCCCUAGCCGGCUCGGUGCCCCUGUUAGUAUCUGAGCAGACGUUCCGCCUGAAGGAGCUGGACAUCACCACCUGCCACGACGUCCGGCCGGUGGGCGAGGUGGUCGGACUCUACGGGGCAUACUUCCUCGCGCUGUGCGUCGCCCUCUUCGUCGCCCCGCUUUUGGUCACCGUCGUGUCUUACACCCGCGUAAUCUGGUGCCUGAGUCGGGCCCCUCGCGGCGUUCCUGGACGCUCCCGCCGGAGAACCAGGGCUCUGGUGAUGGCGCUGACGGUGCUGGUGAUGUUCUUGUUGUGUUUUGCGCCCACAAACUGCCUGCUACUAGUCCACUACGUGCAGCUCCAUAACGGGCUGAACCAGGCCCGCGACGCGCCCGAGGGCUCGUACGUGGCCUACCUGGUCUUCUUGUGUUUGGGGAGCCUCAACUGUCUUCUGGACCCGCUUCUCUACUGCUUUGGCUCGUCCCAGUGCCAGCGAGAGCUCGCCGGGGCGCUCAGGUGUCAGAAGAUGGCCGAGAGCUUCAGCGCCAGCUCGUCGGACUCGUACAGGUCCAGCACCAGGAUCAUCCUGAGGUCCGGCCGCAUGGAAUGCUCAGAGCAAAACGUCUCGUUUGCUCAAAAGGAUUCGUUGCAAGGGAGUCACCGCGGCCACUACAAGAAACUUCUGGUCUGACCACAUCCAAAAACACUAACCAAACUGACUUGAGUGCAUUUCUACCACAUGAACUUUCCCCAGGAAUUUUUCAAAAGGGGUCUAAAUUUAGCUAAUCGAGCAACCCUCCCAAAAGAUUUCAGGAACUUCAGGAACUUUUUGGGUGGUGUCUGCAGAGGGAAACAUUUUAGAUUGGAUUGCAGGAAUUUAACCCGUUGGCGUUAUCAUUGCGAAUAGUGUCGGUCUUUUUUUGUACCGCCAUCUAAAAUCGUUCACAAGAACCUUCUUUGAUUCAUUUUGGUGGAAAGCACAUAUUUGAGCAAAUUCUCACAAAUAUUGUUUUCUUUGUUUUUACCACAAAAAAUGUGAAAUAAUAUCAAGCGUUUAAACACAAUGAAGGAGGACUUUUCGUUUUGCACUGUAAAACUAUUUAAACUGUUACAUUGUAAUGUUUAGCGAGGUCAAUAUUUGUACGUGUUGCGUGUAAUAUUUGCUCACUUUCUUUACUGAUAUCAUACAUUACACUUUCUUUGCUAAAUAAACACGUUUGAACCCACUUUUUUUUACCCUCUUUGGGAAUAAUAAACACCCUUAUCCCGCAAAGAUAAGUCAAGCAGG